UCGGCAAGAGACGCGCGGAGAGGAAGCAACGGUAGGCGACGCGCGGCCCUUCACAAGCUUCGUUCGGUGCGGUAGUGUGCGGAUUUUUUUUUUUUUUUUUUUAACUCUCUUCUUUUCACUCUUCUUUCUCUCUCUUCCGCGGCGGUCAAAACAAAAACACUGCGCCGUGCUCGUUGGCACCUUGGAGACAGAAACGCGACGCCGACAAUGAACUAGCUAGUAGCGACAUUCAACUGUGCUCAACAAGUUUUUUCAACUCUGCUUAGAAGCCGUCACCAACAGUUACUUGGGCUGAGUGAAGUCUGGCAGGGAAAGGCACUGCGCUGGAUUCUCCACAUGCCUUCCGCAUAAGGAAGCAGAUCUUGCUCGGCAGCGGAUCCAUAAUGACGAUGGACGUGAAAGCUGAGAGCCAAAAGAAUACGUCACCACAAGACUGCGCUGGCUGCGGCAAGAAAAUAACUGACAGGUACCUGCUGAAGGCGCUGGACUUGUUCUGGCACGAGGACUGCCUGAAGUGUGGUUGCUGCGACUGUCGGCUGGGAGAGGUCGGCUCCACGCUCUACACCAAGGCAGACCUCAUCCUCUGUCGGAGAGACUACCUCAGGCUGUUCGGCAACACGGGCUACUGCGCUGCCUGCUCCAAGGUCAUACCCGCCUUCGAGAUGGUGAUGAGGGCGCGCAACAACGUCUACCACCUGGAGUGCUUCGCCUGCCAGCAGUGCAACCACAGGUUCUGCGUGGGUGACCGGUUCUACCUGUGCGAGAACAAGAUCCUGUGCGAGUACGACUACGAGGAGAGGCUGGUGUUUGCCAAUAUGGCCUACAACCCGCCCAGCCUGGCGCACAUCAAGCGACAGACCAGCCACCUACCGCCGGGCGCAGUGGCGGCGGGCGCGCAGAUGGUGAACGGCGCCGGUCUCCGGGCGGCGGGGACCCCGGGCGCCCUCGCCGCCGCCGCCGCCGCCGGCGACCUCAACAACAACAUGUCGGGGGCGGCGCCCGGCUCCCACCUGCCCGCGCACCAGCUGGCGCCCGCGGCGGGGGCGGCGGCGCACAUCAAGUCGCCGGUGCUGCAGAUGGGCGUGUCCAGGUGAAACGGCGAGGCGCCUCCGGCCGCCGGCUCUACGUGAACUGACGGGGCGCCACUGAGGGGGAGGUGGUGAAGGGGGGAACGCGCACAGACAUUCUGAACAGCCGGGAACAACCUUCAGCGCGGCUGUUCGCCGGUGAGUUCGAUCAGAGAGUAAACAAAGUGCCGUGGACGCCACAGGCUGAGAACGCAACCGGUUAUGCACCUGUGUGAAGAAGACAGUGCUUGCGCUCUAACUUGUUUCUCUCUCUCCAUUACACUGUGUUUUCUUGCCCUUUUAACUAUGAAUCGUGCCUAAUCAUAGACGUCAGAUCCACCACAGACUCUCCUAUCUUAUGUACCUCCAUAUUAAAAAAAUGGUGAUAUUUCCACGUGAAAGUUGUUCAGUAAAUAUUAACCCCGAGUACGUGGAAAGGAGUAAAUUUAAGAAAAAAGUUUCGUUAGUUCACUUUAUGGAUACAUUAUUUUAGCCCAGAGAUUUCUGCAAAGUUGUCUUUAUAUAUUUAGACUUAAUUUUAUUUUUAUCAAAUGGUAAGAGAAUCGUUUUAUGCAAGUUAUUUCGGCGACUUCAACCUCGGACCUAGUGUAUUAAAUGCUCGCUUGAAAGCUUUAGUAUUUAUCAUCUUAAAAUUUUAACUGAGAUUCGGAAUAAAAUGUGUACCUACUUGUGGGAAAUUUAACUGAUUCCUGUCGACCGCUAAAGUGUUUCCGUAGCUCGUUUUCCCGACCAUUUGGUUUUUAAUUAUUUAUCUGCAUUCUUUGAACUAACGCCUUACUUUCUUUCAUGUUUCCGUUUUCUUUAAAAGGAAACUUACUUACAUUUAUAAAAAAGAAACUUUUUGUAACAGUACCACGCAUCUGCUCCUACAUCAAAACAGUUUUCAAGCUACUGAUAGCACAUCGUGUACACAAAAUUUUGACCAAAAUUAAAAUAUGUACUACCAAUAAAUAAAUAAAUAAAUAUAAAUAAAUAAGAAUAAAACAAAUAUUUGUAGUGUGCCCAACUAGAAUUGUUCUAAUAAUCUAUCUUGGCUAUAGAAUUUGAGCUACGGCAAAGUGGUGUAUUCUACUGACCUUUCGCUCUGCAUUGUAGUAGGCAUCAUGAUGCCCCAUUGUGUCCACAUUGUGGAAAGUCCGGUAAAUUCAGGGAAGUUGAAAUUGGUCUAGGGAAGUCCGGGAAUUUACUUUAAAAGCUAGAAAAGUUGUUAUAAAUUUAUUAAUGAUAGUUAUUUGAGGUGUAAAUUUCAGGCUCCGGUAAAUACCAUCAACAAGAAUCAAAAUAUCUAUUUUUUCCAGUUAUGUUUGAAAUAGUACAUAUAAAGGGAAGGUAGAGGCUGGAUUGUCUUUAUUGAUGUGUAAAAUCUUAGCUCUCAGUGUACGACAUUUGGUGUAAGUAAUUUCGUGAAUGGAACGAAAGUCACAUGAAACGGAAAUGUGUAACCACGGUUCUACCAUCUGUGGUGGAUGGCGCGAAUCAAAGUUCACAAAGCCAAAAGGGAACUUUAUAGUAUUAAUUGUUUAAUGAAUUUUUUUACAAGUUGCGCAGUAUUUUAAUAAAAUUCCUUUUUUGGAAAAUCAGGUCAAAAUCCUAGGUUUAGUAUUUUUUUCAAGUCUUUUUUCCCUUUUUUCGGAGCCGUUUCAUUAUAUAGUUUAAAUUUAUUUCUGUUAAUUAAAUAAUUCAAUAGUCAAUAGUUGGUGUAGCUGAUCCGACAGCGAAUUAUAGCGGCGGGUAUUGAUACUACGUGUGAUUCACGUGCAGAAAUGUAGUUGAAAACACAAUUUUCGUAUGUGUGUCACGCACGCUUGGCGUUAUUUCAAAGAAUUCGAAAGCUAAGCUUGCUCACUGGACAAUGGCCGCGAUAGAUGCAAAGCACGUCAAGAAAACAGUUCUGCUCGCGUGAGCUCGACGAGCCCAGAUUCGUUCGAGUCGGACGAACCAGUGGCGGGUCUGCUCCGGUUGUUCGCGUGCUGUUCAGAAACGCCAUCAAAGUGCUGCGCGCCAUCUCGCACUGAAGUGAUAGUAUAUUCGCUGUAAUUUGCGCCGAACAGUGAGAACUGACGUGAGUUCCACCUUCUGUUAUUUUUCCUACUGUGGUAACGAUGCAAGACUUCAGUCACUUAAUACAACGCAUUACGGAGAACCAAAGUUUUUUUUUGUAUUGGAUGAGCGAAAUGGUACAGAUAUAUAUCGUCUAAUGUUACCUGUUACUGAAUCCGUUAUCAGUAUGAAUAAUAUGUAACAUUAUUUCGUAAAUAAGCUGGUAAUGCUGUUACUAAAAAUUAAGUUAGAAAUUCUGUUUAGUUAACUUAAAUUAAUGGUGUUCUUAAAAAUAAAGAAUACUUUUUUAUACAAUCGAGACAAGAAUUUUUAAAAUGUAAUAUUUCAUACAAAUUUUACAAGGGGAACAAAUAUUUUUAAUUAACGUUAAAAUAUAACUUUAGCGAAAAAUAAUUACAGUUGUUUACAAACUAAUUCCAGUAUGGUUCAAAUGGCCAGUAAAACAAGUAUAUCACAAAUGACUGAAACGUUUGCUAGUCUUAAAAUACCAUAUCCCUGUCUUGAAAGUACGAUGCUCUUACUACCAGGUUGAUUUUCUGCCUGUCACUGAAAUGGAAAGUUUUAAUUAUUAAUUUGACGAGCAUCACCAAAAAUUUCAUGGAUUGUAGCGUUUCUCAGAACGCCUUGUACAAAGGGGAUUUUUUAUCAUAUUUAUUUGCUGUUAAAAAAUAAUAGUUUAAUAUAUUUUAAACGUAUUGCAGACGCAUACUAGUCGGAAUUUGUAUAUUCUUAAUAUUUUCCCAUCGUAUUUGUGAUUACGCUUGUUUUGUAUUUUCAAGAUGUUCCAAAAAUAAAAUGUGUAAUAUUGUUACUGAGAAUUUUUAUUGUGAAUUGAAGCUAGGAAUUUAUUAUUUCCUAGCUUUAAAAAAAAACUUUUAUGGCUACAUUAAUUUUGACUAUUGGUAAAUUCUUGCAUUUUUAUUCCCAGCGUAUGAUGUUCUAUGCACGUGAUUAUUAAACAAUUAAUCCAAUCCACAUGUUGUUCAUGGACAUGCCCAGCAACAAGUCAGUACUAUUUAUGUAGCUUUUCUUGUUGACAUAAUUUGCACGCUUUAUACGGCCAGUUGUACAUUAUUAAUUGUUUGUGUUAUUUUAUUGUUAGUUAACUAUAUGACUAAAUUAUGUAUCUGACAUAUCGCUUUUGAUCAAUUAUUUAAAUAAUAAUUUAUAUUUAAAUUUAUUUAUAUUUAUUUUCAGAUAAUUUUCUUCUUUCACAUGGAUCUACUUGGAACGAUGAUUGUCAACAGUUGUAUUUUAAUCAUUUUUCUAUUAUCAUAGCAUAUUUUCUUAGUGUAGUUGCUUUCUUUUCUCUCUGGUCAGGUAGUCUUUUAGAAGUGAAAAUAUCACAGACUUAGUUUAAUGAUUUAUUUAAAUGAAAUGAACCAGUUUUAGGAAGUAUACGAAAUUCUUAGAGAUUUAUAAUUGAGAUAUCGUAUUGUGUUUAAGAUCCAGUUUACGAUUUUUAGUAAUCAAUUCAGCUAAGCCAAAGAGGUUACCAAAUACAAGGAAUAGCAGGCAUUUUAGUUCAGUUUGUACAUAUACACAAUGUAUUGUUAUAAGAAGUGCUGUCUUAAUUGUAACGUUAUAAAUGAAACUGUAGUAAAGUUAAUACGAAGAACAGAAUGAACCACUUUGUAUUGCUUUCAGAAUGUAUAUUGGUUAGGUAUACAAAUAAAUACUGCAAUAUAUACUCUUUUAAAUACAAAUAAAAUGAAUAGUAUAACCAGAAACAAGGCAUUGAACUCAAUUCCGCUGCACAAUUAACUGUAAUCGCAUAUAUUUUCGUGUAAGAUAUAUAAAUCCAUAUUUCGUUCAUCAAUCAAAGAGUUGUAAUUAACUGAAUGUAAGUUACUUUAAUUGUUUUGAUAACUUCCUUCGGAAGUUAUAGUUUUUGGCACAUUUUGAUCAUUAUUUCUGUAACUAGUGUAAAAGAGUGUUUUAUGAGAUAUGUUUAAAAGGAUGAGCAUCUACAUUUUUGUUUGUAGGCAAUCAUAUGUUUGAGCACAUGGUGUCAUAUGAAAAUUUUUGUCAGUCGAUAGCCAUGUAAAUAUUGUCGUAUGACGCAUCCGAUUAAAACACAAAGUUUUCCUAAA